UUUUCUUGUGUUCUAUGUACUGCUGAGCAAGACUGCCGUGGCAACAUCCCAGGCCCUGAUGGACAUAUUCCACACCCAUGGCGCACCAGAGGUCAUUCUGACGGACCAGGGCAGAGAGUUCUGGAACAAGGUUGACCAGAUCUUGUUCGAGAACUGGGGGGCAAAGCAUCGGAUCACGUCUGCCUACCAUCCCCAGACUAACGGACUGGAUGAGAGGACCAACCAGACGCUGAAGAGGGCCAUCGGGAAGACUGGAUGGGCAUCAAGAACGGUGGGAGGAUAACCUGAAGGUAAUCUUGUUUGCACAUAACACCAGUGUUCAGGCUUCCACCAGGUAUUCACCCUACCGACUGAUGUAUGGUCGGGAGCCACGGCUGUCAACCGAGGUAUGUCAACUUUUGAUAUUUUAUUCUCAAAUAUUGCUAUAUUUGCAAUAGAAUAAAAAAAAACACUAACUUCACGCAACUAUCUGCUGCAUGUUCUGUAUUAUCAUGUCAUUUCAGAUCAUAGGUGACCUUCCUCAUGAGGUUGACGGGCCUGGUGACGGCGCCUUCGAAGACUACCUCCAGACCAGGGCCAACAAUGAUGAGGAGGUUUUCGACAAGGUGCGACUCAACGUAGAGAAAGCCCAGGAGAAACAGCAGGAGGCCUACCGGAGGAGGACCAAGAAGGGGACCAAGCGCUUCAAAGUCCUCCCAGGCAUGGAGGUGUUAAAGAAGGACGAGAGGAAGCGUGGGAGACCUGGACGCACAAUGGAUCCAGACUGGCCAACGAAGUACCCGGUGACUGAGGUUGGAGACAACAACUUGGUGCAGUUGGAGACCUUGGACGGCCAACAACUGAAGACCAGGACACCCUAUGCCUCAGUGAAGCCUCUGCGGAAGAGAUUCCGAGCUAGCCCCCCCAAAGAGGAAGCUGUGUCCCAUCCACCCGAGCCAGUGGGUUCUGAUGACCCUGAACUGCUGAGCUCUGAGCCGGAGGGGGACUCACUUCAGGCUACAUGCAUUGGACUCCAGGAGCCUGUGUCCCAUCCAUCUGAGACAGCGUGUUUGUAUGGGCCUGAACCUCUGUGCUCAGAGUUGGAGGAGGACUGUCUUCAGGUAAACUUCAUGUUGCUUUAUAUCACUAUUCAUUUUUUUUAAUCAAACAUGAGGUUGUUGAUGCCUAUCAUGUUAUUAAUCAAUUUGUCUUAUCUCAGGAU